AUGCUUAAAAGAUUUGUGGAGCUUGAAGAUGCCAUCCGAGCAACUUUAGCCUUUGCAGACAGGAAUAUACCAACAAUCAGCGCCGAAGAUUGGACUCUUUUCAAGCGACUAUGCCAGGUUUUGCAACCAUUCGAGGAGAUAACGGCGUCAAUGAGUGGAGAAAAAUAUAUUACCGGAAGCUCGGUAAUAGUAGUGACGCGAUGCCUAAAAGAAGCUUGUCAAAGGCUCAUAAAUCGAGGGGAUGAUCUACUACCAGACGUGCUCGAUACGGUGCUCUUGUUGAAAUCGGGGCUGGAAGAACGAUUUAGACUAAUCGAAACGAGCGGCACAUUUGCUUUAUGUACUUUUAUGGACCCUCGUUUCAAAAUGCAGGGAUUUUCGGACCAAUCCGAGGCAACCAGAACCAAGGAAAAAGUUAGAAAAUUAGUGGCCGCAUUGAUUGCUGAAAAAGAACACGCUACGGUACCUAUCGAUUCUGCAGUCAGUGAAAAUGAUAAUCCCGAUGGCCCCGACAACAACCGUGACAUCAGCCCUUGGGACAUUUUUGACAAAAUGGUAGCAUCGAGUACCACGCAAGGUACACCUCAAUCAAAGGCAAUCAAAGAGGUAGACAUGUACCUUUCGGACGAAAUCCUUCCGAGAAGGAACCAGAAGGGAAAUUUGACGUGCCCUCUUGAAUGGUGGAGAAAACACCAGUACGUUUACCAAAAUUAA